GCAGCAUCAACGGUACGUUUUACAACUCACCAGUGGAGACGGUAACGGGGAAUAUUGUGUGUGAGGAGGUUUCAGGGGACACCUUAAGGCUUCUUCCUCUCUGCUUGAGGGACAGGUAUUGAUUCAGGUACUCAGAAUCCAACCAAAGGCAAUGAUGACCCCUCUGCUUCUACUUUGCGUGUCCUUGCCCCUCAUCUCGGCGACAAUAUCGUUAGGAGACCAGGAUGACAUGGAUGGCACGCUACGUGUCAGCAUCCCUGUGGAGAUGCCUCUCCGUCCUCUGUUGGGGGGCAAGGUAGUGGUGCCGUGUUACUUCCAGGACAACACCGUCAACGACCCCGGAGCCCCGACCAUCGCCCCGCUCUCUCACCGCAUCAAAUGGGCGUUCGUCACCAAGGAGAAAGUGACCACGAUCCUGGUGGCAUCGCAAGGGAAAGUUCACGUGGAGGCAGAGUAUAUGGACAGAGUGACGAUGGUCAACUAUCCUCAGGUGCCCAUUGAUGCCACCAUGCAAAUCACAGAGCUGAGGUCCAAAGAUUCUGGCUUCUACCGCUGUGAAGUGAUGCACGGCAUCGAGGACAACUAUGACUCUGUGAAUAUCCAGGUUCAGGGUAUUGUGUUCCACUACCGUGCCAUCUCCACCCGCUACACCCUGACAUUUGAGAAGGCCAAGGCAGCCUGUAUCCAGAACAGCGCCACCAUUGCUACUCCAGCCCAGCUCCAGGCUGCUUACGAUGAUGGAUACCACCAGUGUGACGCUGGAUGGCUCUCUGAUCAGACUGUCAGGUACCCCAUCCAUGAACCCCGUGAGCGUUGCUAUGGAGACAAGGAAAACUUUCCUGGCGUAAGAACCUAUGGCGUGAGAGAUGUCAACGAGACCUACGACGUGUAUUGUUUUGCUGAGAAGCUGUCAGGCAGAGUCUUCUACUCCAUGUCUGUUGGAAAGUUUACCUUCUAUGAAGCCGGAGAUCAGUGUGCCAAACUGGGCGCCAGGCUCGCCACUACCGGAGAGCUUUACCUUGCCUGGAAGGGUGGCAUGGAUGUGUGUAAUGCUGGCUGGCUGGCAGACAGGAGUGUACGCUACCCCAUCAACAUCGCCAGGCCCCAGUGUGGAGGGGGACUCCUGGGAGUAAGAACCGUUUACCUGUUCCCCAACCAGACGGGAUACCCUUACCCAGACUCUCACUAUGAUGCCAUCUGCUACCAAGAUGGUGACGAUGAAGGUGUAGUACCUAUGAUGACCACCCCUUUCCCAGACAUUGUCCAUCUUACACCUUCUACUGGAUACCCAGGGCUCAUCACUCCAACUGUGGCUAAAGAGAUCAACUCUGGAGGAAUAGAAACUAUCUCUCCACGACCCAUCACUCCUGUGAUACGUGAACCUGGCCUGACCGACACUGAUGCACCAAUGGGCCCCACCGGCGUGGUGUUCCACUACCGACCCAUUACUGGUCGGUAUACACUAACCUUUUCAGAGGCUCAGCAAGCUUGCCAGAAUAUUGGGGCAGUCAUUGCCAGUGCCCAACAACUGCAGGCAGCUUUUGAGAAAGGUCUACAUCAAUGUGACGCCGGCUGGCUGCGGGACCAAACUGUCCGGUAUCCCAUAGUGUCACCCAGAGAAAACUGUGCUGGUAAUCUGCCACAUCUCCCAGGAGUCAGAUCCUAUGGCUUAAGACCAGCAAGUGAACAAUACGAUGUAUUUUGUUAUGUUGAACGUCUGAGAGGCGAGGUCUUCUUCACCAGCGAUUAUGACAGUUUCUCCUAUGAGGAAGCUGUGCAGCACUGUCAGAAACUCAACACCACACUGGCCACCCCAGGGGAGCUGUAUGCCGCCUGGAAUCAAGGACUUGACAAGUGCCGUCCCGGGUGGCUGAUGGACCGCAGCGUCCGCUAUCCCAUCACAACUCCCAGGUUUCACUGUGGCGGUGGCCAGGUGGGGGUACAAAUCAUCUACGCUUUCCCCAACCAGACAGGAUUCCCUGAUGAGCACUCCCGCUAUGAUGCCUUCUGUUUUAAAGCUGAAAUUCCCACCAUUGAUGCUGACAAUGAAACCAGUGUAAAUCUGACAAUAGUGACUGAGGUUGCUAUCACCAAAACGACAGUCACAGUCGAUGGCUUUGCUCCCACCGCAGAAACAGCUACUGUAGGCUACAAUGAAACAGAAACCAGUGGGAAUAUUACUGAAACCGAAAUUAUUAAAGAGACGUCCAUCAUAAAUCAGCAAGCUGCUCCCACAGUAAAAUCAAUUUUACCUCCAGUGCCAGUUGAUGCAUCAGGCUCUGGUUCAGCCGACCAUUCAGCCAGCGGGGUGAUCUCUGGAGAGUCUGGUACCUCCAGCACCAGUGGUGAUACAUCUGGUUCUGGCCAAGAAGUCACAUUCAUCGGACCCACUGAUGUCUCCUCUGGAGACGAGUCUGCCUCUGGAGGUUCAGAGGAGGCAGGGGGGGGGAGUGCUAUCAUCUUCACUUCUGGAGAGCCGGGUAGUGCAUCUGGAUCUGCAACUGGACCUCCAUCUGAAUUUGGAUCUGGAUCUACAUCUGGAUUUGAAUCUGGAUCUGGAUCUGGAUCUGCAUCUGGAUUUGGAUCUGGAGCUGUAUCUGGAUUUGGAUCUGGAGCUGUAUCUGGAUUUGGAUUUGAAUCUGGAUCUGGAUCUGGAUCUGCAUCUGGAUUUGGAUCUGGGUCUGGGUCGGGUGAAGGGUUUGACAGACAGUACUCUGGCUUUGGUAUAUCAGGAUCAGGUUUUAUCAGUGGCAGUGGUGAUAUCAGUGGUAGUGGUGAAGACUUGACAAUUAUUAUGGUGGAAGAAGAAGAUGUGGAUGUUUCAAAAAUUGACCAAACUUCAACUGAGCAGGAGCUAAGUGGAAUCGAUACAAGUGGAGGCUUUUUGUCUGGAUCAGGGGAAAUGUCUGGGUCAGGCUCAGCAGAGUUUUCUGGCAUUAUAUCUGUUGACCACAGCGGUGUUGACCUGACAGUCCAGCUGUCUGGAGAGCAAGAGGCGUCUGGGUAUCAACCCUUUGGAUCAGGAUUCCACAGUGGCUUACCCAGUGGUUUUCUGUUUAGUGGUUCAGGCAGCAGCUCUGGCUCUGCCUCUGGAGACUCAUUUCAGCAUCAUGGUGAGGUCAUCUACAUAACAGAUGAAGAGUUGAUAGAAGCGAAGUUGCCGACCGUGAUACGCCAUCCUGAACAUGGCCGGGGUGUGGUGGAGGUAAGCGGAAGUGGGUCAGGGAUCCACUAUGAAUUUAGUGGCACUUUGAAGCAUCUCAUUGGAAGUGGAGCUUCUCCUGAAAGGCCGACUGAGGUUUAUGUAGUGACUCCAGACCCAAGCUACCCCAGCCAAACUACAGCACCAUCAGUGUCAAUAGCAAUUCCUGCUGUUGUGGAGCAGCCUGCAGUAGCACAAGCUGGGCAGGGUUGUGCCGAGGGCUGGUUGGAGUUUAUGGGCAGUUGUUACCUCCACUUUGCUGAGAGAGACACCUGGUCUGGGGCAGAGCAACGCUGUCAGGAGCUGAACGCCCACCUGGUCAGCAUCAGCUCCCAGGAGGAGCAGCAGUUCAUCAACUCCAAUGGUUACGACUACCAGUGGAUUGGACUUAAUGACAAGGAUGUGAGUAAUGAGUUCCGCUGGACAGAUGGCAGUCCUGUGAACUUUGAGAACUGGAGGCCCAACCAGCCAGAUAAUUACUUCAACUCUGGAGAAGAUUGUGUGGUGAUGAUCUGGCAUGAGGGUGGACAGUGGAAUGAUGUGCCUUGCAACUACUACCUUCCCUUCACCUGCAAGAUUGGACCUGUCAUGUGUGGAGCUCCCCCUGAGGUGGAACAUGGUCGGCCUAUGGGCAGCAGCAAAGAGCGCUACCCAGUCAACUCCAUAGUCCGCUACCAGUGUGAUGCAGGCUACACACAGCGCCACCUGCCUGUCAUACGCUGUAUGUCAAAUGGACAGUGGGAAGAGCCACAAGUGGAAUGUACAGAAGCCGGCACCAACAGUAACAGGCUACACAAAAGGUCCCUCAGGAGAAGAAGUAAAGGAGUCAGCAGCCAGCAGGGGCAGAGGAAACGGCUCUGAGCAGGACUGAAAGGACAUACAACAGAGAGCCACAAAGGACCCCUCUUGUAAAGAACCGUGGACAUCAAUGCAAAUGCCCGACUAAAAAGAUAGCAUCCCCUGCCAUGUAUAUACACACACUAAAAUUCAUUUAGACAGUGAUAGUGUGAUUGACUGAUGUUUUGGAUCUUUGAGUGUCACCCUGUACCUUCUGAAGGCAGGUUUCCCUUUGAAUUGAUAUCAUUUAAUAUAUAGCCAGUAUUUGAAAUGAUAUGAUACGAAUACAUACUUUGAUAUUGCCAACAUUGCACACAAGGUAAGGUAGACACAACUAACAAUGAUAUAAGAGGCUGAAGGGUGACAUAAAUGGUCCAAAACAGUAAAAAUUGUUUUGUCAAACACAUUGUUUAAAAUAGACCUUUGCUACAUUGCGGUAUUUGUUUUAGCAUUUUUUAUUAUUAUUAUUUGGUCUUAGGCUCAAAGGAUAACAUCUGUGUGCUUCAGACUGGUGAAACAAAUGGUUUCUUACAUUGUAGGCAAAUGUUUUGGUUGCAACAGCAGUACAGGAGACGGUAUGAUUGUUUCAUUUGAAUUAUUACAAGAAGCCUUGAGGCUUACAAACAUAUCCCAGUGCCUUAAAUGUGAAGAGAACAAUGGUUGCGCUAACACACUGGUACAAAAGAAAUAUGUUCCAUGAUCCAAUAAAAUAUCUCUCAAGCUCUAAAAAUUAAAUGAUCUCGCCAUAACCUCUUGCCACAGGUUUGACAUCCACUGUGCUACGACAUCUUGGUGUCAGAUAUACUGAAACGAGGUGUUCCAUUUGAUGAUGAAUAAAAAUCCAAGCUCAAGAAACUACUAAAGUGCAACAAACCUGGGUUAAAACUGUCAGCACUCGUGCACUUUUAGGUCUUCAGUCACUUGUGAUCAUUGGAAUUCAGUGCACUUUACUUAUAUUGUACAAAUCCUCAUCUGUAGCUGACACGUGACAAAGAAACCAGCUGGCUUCUCAUUCAACUCCACCUCACUGUCAUUGGGUUAUACAAUGGUCUAAGAGAUGCAGGUUGGAGUUUCUAUUGUCACUUCUCAAUAGCGAACCAUGACAACAAACGGUGGUUGGUGUUGUCAAGGUUGGCUCUUGAGAAGUCAUGGAUCUGUAAGGUUCAGCGUACGCCGUGUGACGAGUUUCCUCCUGUAAAUAAUUCUCACUACAAAUCUCUGAACAGCAGGAUCUGUCAGACAAUUUAAUUGUUUGAUUAUUUCAUCGUCAACCUGUGUUAGUUUCAUUAGCUGGGAAAAAAAUAUACUUAUGGACAUGCCUGAUUUGACAGCAACUGUAGAGAAGAUGCAAGCUAAUUAUUUAAUCAGAGCCUCGGGCAUGUGUGUGGAGGUUCCUGCCUGUACAUCAGAGUUUUAUUGGCAGAAUGUGCUUAUUAAAUACCUGAGAACUGGAAGCAGGGAAGGUUUUGGAGAAGAGCGACUAUAAAAAAAUGCUGACGAUGACCUUUUAGGGUCAAAAUUUGAUUUAACUCUGUGAAAAUACAGACAAAUGCCCAUAUCUGACCUCUUACAGAAAGAUCUCUGUUUCUCAUGAACAUACACACAAUUCAGCAAACUGCUACAGGAAAGGAGCAAGCCUCACAAUACCACAAAGCAAAAUGCCCAGGUUGCUCUACAAUUUGUACAAUGUGUGCAAAUAAAAAAAAUAUGAAUUCAGUCCAUUUGGAUGUGGCCUGGAAUAUUCUCAACAUGAAAGCAACAUCUAGGGGAUCAUGUGGAUGACAGCUGAAGAUCAGGGAACUAGGAAUAAGGGCGGAUGUGAAUUGUGAUUUGCUGAACCUUCAACAAAAACUGAAAUAUCUUUUAACAAAUAAAGCAAAAUAUGAGUAUUGUCCCACACAGACAUCACUUCUGUUGUGGUUUGUUCAAAUCCUGAAUCCUGAUGUGAACAAACGAUAUGCUGUACUGUGCUGUACACCAAAUAAAACUUGGAAUCCUC